CCGCUGAUGCGAUUGUUCCAUGUCGCAACGCCACUAACACAUCCAAGUCAGCGCUAGCAACGCAAUACCCGAUCGCCGCCUGUUUGUUUACGCAGGCACUUGCUCACACGGCUCACUCUCGGCCCAGCAAGAAUGGCCGCGGAGACAGACAAAGGCGGAGACGCAGCCUCGAAGUAUUUAGAGCUGCAAAAGGCCUGUCUCAAGCGUCAGACGCUCGUGCAGCGUCAGGCGAAGACACUGCAGAGAAACCUAGACUCGCAGAUCAAACACUACGACCUGCUGAAGGAGAUGAGCACGCGGAGGAUACUUCAAGAGCAGAAGAGGCUCAUCGACUCGAGCAUCAUCGUGCCGUCGCAGGAGCUCAAGGACGAGGCGAAGAGGCAACUAGAGCAACACACACGACACUACAAGACAUGCUACGUCGAUCAGGGGUCGUCAAGCAUUCGAGACUCGCUAUCUAGAGGAAGGAAGGUCAGUCGAGACAACACUGUGUUGCCCCCAGUCGAAGACUCUCUGCGUCGGUUCGUUGUGUUGCGACCUUCGAGUACAAAAAAAGGUCCGAAGACGCCUCGUGCAUUUGCUCGGCCUCCUAGGACUUCGUUGCGGAGGAAGCAAGGUGGAGACGCAAGCAGUCGGACGACAGGAAGCCGAAUGUCGACGACAUCUUCAGUGACGAGUGAGGGAAGGCAUCGGGUGACGGGUAACGAGUUGAGACAACAGGAAGAUGAGACAAGAAAAACAGUGAUGAGAUCGAGAAGGAGUAAGACGGUCGUGUAAAUUGGGGGCUCAGAUGACACUAUUUUUGCACUGAAUGAAUCUAGAGACACCAGGAUUUUGAUUUUUUGUAUUUAGAUACUGACAUAGACAAAUAUAGGAUUGUUCACUGUUGACACUUUA